CCCGCCGUUGUUUGCUCUUUACUGCUUUUUAGGCACUGUCAAGCGAGGACAUCAGACAACGAUUGCUCCGCAGCCAAAGCUUUGUCUUUAUUGUUUGUUGUGUUUAAAAGGUGAAGCGGGUGAUUCUGAUUGUGGAAAGUGAACACUAGACCAGCCAUUGACAAUGGAUGACGACGACGAUGCCAAAGAGAAGGCGCGGAGGGGAAAGAGAAGGACAGCCAAAGUAGUCAACUAUGCCAAAGAGCAGCAGUUCAGCGAUGCCUCUGACAUCUUUGAGGACAGUGAUGACAGCGCACCCAAGGCAAAGAAGCGGGGUCGUCCUCGGAGAAGCGAUGCCAACGAUAUGGUCUAUGCUCAAGACGAUGACACGUUCAAAAAGACAGGUCCAAUAUAUACGGAGCGUGGCUACGACACGUCUCUUCUCCCCAUCAGGGAACGCUUUCCCUUUUUACCCGAGUUUGAAGCCGAUGGAUCUCCAAAGAUAGAUCUCAUUGUAGGACGUAGACCCAUUGACGAAAAAGAAGAGAGCAAUGAGAAUGAGGGGAAGGACAAUGAAGAUGAGAAGAAGGACGAAGAGGAUAUGUCAGACGAAGAUGAUGGAAAGCGCCGCAAACGCACUAGACGUUCCAGCGCCGGCGGCAAGGGAAAAGGAAAGUCCAAGUCCCCCGCCAAAGCAACAAAGGAGGCCACGACAUUGGUGGAGUAUGAAUAUCUAAUCAAAUACAAGGGUCGCUCUUAUCUGCACUUGGAGUGGAAAACUGGGGCUGACCUGGAAAGCAUGAACAAAUCCGCCAAGGGAAUCUAUCGGCGCUACCUCAAGAAGAUUGGAUCAGGCGAUGAGGAGCUGGAAGAUCCCAACUUUGAUCCUUCGUUUGCCAUCCCACAGCGUAUAUGCGACGAAGCCCAACAAGAAAUCACAGUGGAGCUCUCAGACAAGGAGUUGCUCAAGUGGGAGAAGGAACGCGCCAAAGAACUGGCUGCUGAAAAAGAUGAUGACUCGGAUUCUGAUGACGACAAGCCUAAGAAAGCCAAAGUUGAUGACAAAAAGGACUCGGAAGACAAGGAAAAGAAGGAAGAGCCCACAGAGACGAAAGAGGAACUAAUGGAUUGGGAAGGAGAGGACGAUAUUGAUUUCAGGAAUGUAUCUAUGGAUCGCUUGCGGAAGAUCCUUGAGUCUGACGGAUCUUACUAUCCUAAUAUUGAGGGGUCGGAUAACGCCUAUCGCGACGGAUACGUCACCGAGCCACCCAAAAAGCCCCGUGCGUCGUACCUCUUCUUCCAAUGCACAAUGAGAAACUACUUCAAGAAAAAGCAUCCGGGCACUACCAUAGCCGAACUCAUGUCGAUCCUUGGAGAGCAUUGGCAAGCCAUGAGCGACGAAGAGCAAGCUCCAUUCAUCCAACUAGCCAGGGAAGAAAUGGCUGCGUAUGACCGAGAGCGUGCUCUCAUGGAAAAGGCUCAGAAACCCAACGAAGUGUGGCAACCAAUUAGGAGGUGCCGAAUGGUGCUGAACAAAAUCAAGGCGGAUAGCUUCGCCGACAUUUUCUUGAGUCCCGUGGAGUUGGAUGAUUUCCCAGACUAUGAAGAGACGAUUGACCAGCCGAUGGAUCUAGGGACAGUGGAGACGAAGCUCAACAAUAAGAAGUACCAAGCACCUGAACAAUUUGCCCGCGAUGUUCGAAAGAUUUGGAACAACUGCAAGAUUUACAAUCAACACGGUUCGGCCAUUUGGCACGUAGCAGACUACAUGUCCAAGCAAUUCGAGCGGCUCUACCAUGCGUGGGUGCUUGACUUCCGCGAGCGCUACCUGCGCUGGGCCAACCCGAAAGCCAGGCCUUGGGAGCAGACAUGUCGACAAUGCGACGGCAAGUGCGGCACCCCCAAUGACCAGCUUGUGAUGUGUGACCAUUGUGAUGCUCCUUAUGGUUUUAAAUGCCUCCCAAAGCCACUCAAAAAGGUGCCCAAAGGCGUCUGGCAUUGCGCAGAUUGUAAGCCAAGGCUCAACACAUUGAAAGGGACGCGGAUGCUUUCUGCCAUGGCAGAAGCCGCAGCUCGCAAGAGGGCAGAUCUGGGAGACACACCGAAGAAAAAGAUCAACCAGACGAUGUUUCUUGUGAAAUGGGAGGGACUGGGCUAUGAAUAUUGCACAUGGGAAACCAAAGAAGACAUCAGUGGCAGUGGUCCCAAUUUGAUUGCAGUGUUUCACAGACUCAACAAUACGUUUCCAGAUGAACCUGACAUGCCAGAAGCUGACGUGAACAACCACUUGAACAAGGCAAAACACCUCAACCUUGAAAAUGCGGGUGGAACUUCUUGCGUUCCUGAGCUUCGUUCGCAGCUGUACUCCCAAUCAAGGGCUCUACAGUUUUCUAAGUUUGGCAAGGAUCUGCCGGAGGGUCUUUGCAGCCUGUGCGGACCGAAGACUAAAGCAUCAACAAUUUGCAAAACUGUCAAGGAGCCAUCGCUUAAUCGGGAUGUGGUUGAAUGCAUCUCGUCGCUUGUGGACCAUGUAUCCAAGGAAAAUGUCUUCAAACUACAGGCAAAAGUCACUUCGCAUCUACCACCUCUGCUCACGGGUGAAUACGAUGUCAUCAUUCCAAUCACAGCAAAGGGGUUGAUGAUGAAUGUCGGCGAAAUCCACGGCUCUGUGGCGUUUCUGGGAUACCGGAGCUUCCCGGAUGGUUCGAAGGGUCCUUCUGAAAUCAAAAGACUGAUUCGCAAUGUAGGGGACAAGAUCAUUGCAGUUGAUGGUGUUUCAACUGUGAAGAAGACAUUUCAGCAGGUGAUUGCGAUGCUCAAGGAAAGUGGAAAGCACAAGUACGCAUUCAUGCGCUUUCUCGAAACAAAGUUCUCCGUCUGCGACAGCGAUCUUGCCAGUGUUGGGGCAACUGGGCGUUACGCCUUUGAAGAGUUACAAAAGAAGUUUUCGACGGAUCGAGAACGCUUGCUGGUCCAGCGCAAACAGCAGCUCAUCGAGGCCAAAACUGACAAGGUUGACGAGGCGGAGGAGAGCGAUGGAAGCGCUGAGGCCGACUCUGAUGAAGAAUCUGAAGACGGUAGCGAGGGAGAAUUCCAGCCUGAUAGUGAUGCCGAGGAAGACGAGUUGAUGAAGAAGAAGAGGGGCAAAAAAGCAGCUGAAUCCCCGGAGCAGCCUUCCAAAUCUGACAGCAUGGACCAGACACCCGACUCGAAGGGCGACAAAGAAAAAACGGAAGAGCCUUCACAUGCAAAAUCUGCCAGCAAGGCAGAGGACGAGAAAGACGAAGUCCAACCUAUAGUGCUCCGCCACGAGACCACUCGCUCCUUGGCGUAUCGACUACUUGACGUGGAUAUCGGCGACAGCAGUGACGAAGGCGGCGACGAGGAUUGUGCGUUCUUUUACGAUGGAAUGGAUAAUACCUACACAACCAUGGCCGCAGUUGCUGCCGAGGGGAUCGAGCAAGAGACAAAACUGGGCAAAGUCGAAAAGCGAAAAUCGCAGACUGAAAAGAAGAAGGAAGAGCCAACAGUUCCAGUCAAGCGUAACGAGUUUUCCGAACUUGGAGAACGAUCCAAGCUGGCUGCAUCUGUGCUUCUAGCGAAGCAAGAGCCAGCGGAAGACAACUUUGACAAUUUCCCCUACCCCUCGAAAAAAGCACUGGAAACAAGCCAGCAGGAAGCGAUGAUGCUUGAUGAGGCAGGCAGCCCUCUGAAAGCAGCCAAGCGAUCUACCGUCAAGAUUGAGCAGAUUGACACGACAACAGACGAGAUUGUUCAUGUGUGGGCCAAUGCACAAAGCGCCGCAGCUACGAUGCAGCUACCUCUUGACGAGCUGAAGCGUCUGCUUGAUGGAGAUUACGACGAAGAUCUGGGGGAUGAAAUCGGCGGCUAUCGAUGGCGUUUUGCCCUCGCAGGUGCCAAAGUUACUGCAGGGCUGGAAACGACUGGAAGGGGCAAGAAGGGAAGAGAGGCGUGGCUCGAGUUUCGUGACAAGCUGUAUGAUCCAAGCGAGCCCCACCUAUACAAGAAUGGGAAUCGUCUGCGAGAUUACCAGGUCGAUGGUGUCAAUUGGCUAGCCUCGACCUACUACAAACGUCACGGCUGCAUUCUAGCUGACGAGAUGGGUCUUGGGAAGACUGUUCAGAUUGUAUCUUUCAUCGAGCAUCUGUAUCGGGUUGAAAAGAUUAAGCGGCCGUACUUGGUGGUUGUGCCUCUCUCCACCGUGGAGCAUUGGCGUCGUGAAUUUGAUGGAUGGACCGAGAUGGUAACGUGCGUCUAUCACGAUCGACAACGUGUUUGGCGUGAUGUCCUGCGCGAGUACGAAUGGUACUACAAGGACCGACCACACACGGCAGACUUUCUCAAGUUUGACGUGCUGGUGACAACGUACGACACUCUCAUUGGUGACUUUGACGUGAUUAGCCAGAUCCCUUUUCGGGUGGCUGUCGUAGACGAAGCGCAUCGUUUGCGGAACCAGAAAGGGAAAUUGCUCGAGUGCAUGCGUGAAAUCAGUGCGAAGGGAACUUUGCAGUAUGGAUUCCAGAGCCGAGUCCUGAUGUCUGGAACACCCCUUCAAAAUGACCUGAAUGAGCUAUGGACGCUGCUGAACUUUAUCGAACCCUUCAAGUUCCCUGAUCUGGAAGAGUUCCAGGCCAACUUUGGAAACAUGGCCAAUAGGGAGCAAGUUGAAAACUUGCAGCAGAUGAUAUCGCCGUACAUGCUUCGGCGUAUCAAGGAAGAUGUAGCCACCGACAUCCCGUCAAAGGAAGAAACCGUCAUUGAUGUGGAAUUGACAAGCAUCCAGAAGACGUACUAUCGCGCCAUCUUUGAACACAACCACGCCUUUCUGAACAUGGGUGCAACUAGGACGAACGCUCCGAAAUUGAUGAACAUUCAAAUGGAGUUGCGGAAGGUCUGCAACCAUCCCUUUUUGCUAGAUGGCGUGGAGCACCGAGAGACUGAGAAGCAGUUUAAGGAGUUUCUGGAUUCGGGUGCAUUUGAGGGUAAGACACCGGAAGAGCAGCAUCACAUGAUCACUGUACAGGGCAUGAUCAUGUCUAGCGGAAAGAUGGUGUUGUUAGACAAGUUGCUGCCAAAGCUUCGCCAGGAAGGACACAAAAUCUUGAUCUUUAGCCAGAUGGUGAAGAUGCUGGAUUUCAUUUCAGAGUACUGCGAGUUUCGUACUUUUCCCUACGAAAGGCUUGAUGGGCGUGUUCGCGGCACGGAACGUCAGAAGGCUAUCGAUCGCUUUGAGCGGGAGGACGACAGCUUCCUGUUUCUCUUGUCGACAAGAGCCGGGGGAGUCGGUAUCAACCUUACUGCUGCAGACAUCUGCAUCAUCUUUGACUCUGAUUGGAACCCCCAAAACGAUGUCCAGGCUCAAGCCCGAUGCCACAGGAUUGGGCAAACCAAGGAUGUGAAGAUCUUUCGUCUUAUAACCAGCAGAACGUUUGAACAAGAAAUGUUCGAUCGAGCAAGCAAGAAGCUGGGUCUAGAGCAGGCGGUCCUGGGAACCUUCGAGCAGGCCAACGAAGACGACAAACCAACCAACAAGGAAAUGGAACAGCUCUUGAAGAGGGGUGCUUAUGCUUUGAUUGAGGAUGAGAACGACGAAGAAGGCAAAGCAUUUUGUGCUGACGAUAUCGAAAAUAUCUUGGCCAAACGAACCAGGACGCGAGUCAUUGAAGGGGCAAAAACGGCAUCGUGGCUGAACAAGCAAGGAAUGGUUGUCAGCAAAUCCAAGUUCUCCAGUGAAAGCGGCGCGGGCAAACUGGAUAUGGACGACCCUCUGUUCUGGCAAAAGGUCAUGCCCGACUUUGUGACGCCCUCGAUUAUGCUUCAGAAGCUGGAUGAAAUUUCGGCGGAAAUCCUCGGAUCUCCCAAGAAGGGGCCUGGUCGAGGUCGCUGGCGCGAAAAGAGGGAACAAGAAGCUGCAGCUGCUGCCGCAGCGGCGAAGGAGGCGGUAAAUGGCGACGACGACAAGAACGACCCAGACGGAGAGGAAAACGACAAGAAAGACAAGCCAAAACCUGACGAGGAUGAAGACAAAGCGGAAUCAGAAGCAUCGGAUAAGGAAGAAGAUGAAGACGACGAAGAAGCGGAUGAGGGUAAUGAUAGCGACAGCGAGGACUCGCAGCCGAAGAAAAAGAAGUUCAAACUCACCCGAACCGGUAUUCGAAAGGUCGCAAAGUUCAUGGCUGAUCUGAAGAGUAUGAUGGCAAGCGUGCUGGAUGAAGCCGAGGACAAGACGUUGUCCGCCACUGAGAAGGCAACGUGUCAGAAGCUCAUGCUUCAGAUAUCAAUCAACGAAAAGCUCUUCAAUGAGCAGCAGAGGCAGUAUGCUAAGGGCAUGCUGAAGAAGCUUGAGGGCGAUCGACGCCGACGGUGCCGUACAUCCGACCAGCCGCGCUUUACCCCGGGACGUUCACGUCGUGGUAAUGAUGAAGUCCCUGAGAAUGUGAUCCCUGAAGAGCUUCGUAUUGUGAGCACGAAAAAGGUGAAACGGAAACGCCGGACAAAGGCGGAAAUGGAAGCCGAUCGUCAAGCAGCUGAACUCCUCAAGAACAAGCGGAAACGGACGAAUUCUGAUGACGAGGUGGACGAGGACGGAUAUCUUCGCCACUCAGAUUCAGAAGGCGACUGGUCUGAUGUUGCAGGCGGCGACGGGAUCUAUGGGAUUGGAAAGAAACGGAACGUCAUUAGCCGCAAAGAAGCAAAUCGACGACGGGGUUGGUGCGUCGACGAUGACAGUGCGACAGCAGCCGGUCGACCUUGGCCUGUUUUCCCUCGCAACGUUGUUACCAAGGUCCUGCGCACCAUGUUGGAAUAUGUAUUCGAGUACGACGAGUCCAAGGGUGGGGUGUUUUCAGUUCCUGUUCCGAAGGAUGAUUUCCCGGAGUACUACGAGCAAAUCAAAAAGCCAAUGGAUUACGGCACGAUGAAAAAGAAACUGGAUAAGGGCGAAUAUCGCUCUGCUCAGGCGAUGCAAAAAGAUUUCAUUCUGGUCAUGCAGAACUGUUUGGCAUUCAACUCUGCAAACUCCGACAUUGUCAAGGAUGCAAAGCAACAAGCCUUGUUGAGGCCCAGUUUACUGCGAAAAGCAGCCGCGAAGCAUCAUUUGUUCUUGUCCGAGGACGGCACUGUUUUGGAAGUCGUUGAGGAUGACGCCAAGGAGAAGGGUGGCGAAAAGAAGGAAAAGAAGAAAAAGAAGAGCUCCAGCAGCGAGCCACCAACCAAAAAGAAAAAAGUGGUCAUCAAGAAAAAGGCCACGGAAGACAAGGAAGGCGAUGGAGGAGGAGGAAAGAAGGGCUCUGUCAAGAAGCCUCGAAUUCAAAUCUCCUUGUCAACUUCGUCGAAGAGCAAGGAUACAAGUGAGGCUGAUGGGAACGGCAAAACCAUAAAGAAGCGCCGACGACGCAAGCCUGGAGAGACUGAAGACAAUGCCAAGAAGAAGACAGAGUCGGAUUCCCCAAAUCCCAAGCGCAAGAGAAGGAAACUCAUUAGUAAUGAUGCCGACGGCAGUUCAUCCAAAGCCACCGGGCUUGUUGGCAAGGGCGCUAGCCAAAUGGCGGACCCCGAUGAGGACUCGCAGGAUGAGGAUGACAGGCCCAUCACGUCAAUGAAAGUGACGCGUUCGAAAGCUGCUGCAAAGAAUGACAGUGAAACAGAGUCAGAAAACGACGCGCCAUCCAAAGGAGACGGCGCCAUCUUUAUGGACGUUGAUUUCUGGAAGAAGGAGCGAGAGAAGCUUAAAAAGGGAGACUUUCUCGCAGCCAGGGCUCUCUUUAGCAAAUAUGGCCCGUGGUCGCUUCCCGAUCUGAACUCCAGCAAGCCGUUCAAGCUGAUUGCCAAAGCCACGCUUUCCAAAAUGGACAAGCAUGACAAAUACUCGGUCUUUGCAGAUGCUGUUUCAGACAGCGAAGCUCCUGGAUACAGCGAUGUUAUCAGCAACCCCAUGCAUUUCAGUAGGAUGAAGCAAAAGAUCGAGAAGAAACAGUACGGCUCAAGUUUCAAGAAAUUGUACGAGGACUUUUUGCUGGUCUUCGACAACUGUUACGCCUACAAUGAUGCCGACGGGGAUGUCGUGAAAGAAGCAGCUCGACUCUUUGGACUUCUGCCAGAAGCGUUUGCCACUGCCGCUUCCCAUGCAGCAAAGCCGGCAAAGAAGUAAGGUUUUCACUGUACUCUCCCUCCGUGGAUACCAACACCGUAUUUACGUUUCAAUGUUGUUAGGUGAUAAGUGAAUAAGUGACAAGUGUUGCGCUGCUAUCAAUAGUCUAGAGAAUGGAAUCUAGCUUAUCUGGGAUGUCUGCGCUCGGAUCACUGAGGCUCGUCGGUGUCGAUGGGCUACGGUACAUGUAGGUACAUGCAGGUAGCUCCUGUUUUCCUAAUGUUUGAGACGUAUUUCGGUUCAAAAUGCUACGGUACCCCUCUUUACCAAAGUCAAAAGCGGAGGUUAGGGCAGAGAGAACAACCGUACAAUAAAUAAAGUAAAGCAAAGCUGCUGGUGAAAACAUGGUCUAGUA